AGUGUGCAUGUGGGAACUUUGAAUAUAGAUUUGGUAUUGUUGUUAACUAAAUUCCAGUAAGCAACUUACAGAAUGGUUGAAUUUGAGUGUCCACAGAGUAAAAGGAUCUUUGAAAGUUCGCUUUUCACACAUAAGAAUUCUAGACACACAGCUUGUAUCAGAGAUCAUUUCUUCAAUCAUGCGGUGGAGAUUUUUCUUCCAGGUCUUGCCUCCGAGCCAGAUGGCAUUAAAGUGGCGAACCCUGAUCAUCAAAUGUACUACAUCAUCAAAAAACUUCCCCUUGUAGAGAUAGUCAAUGAGGAGUUUAUCCAAACAUUUCUGAAGACAGGUAGUUUUUACGGUCUAUCCAUAGGUCAUAUUGACACACAUAGUGUUGCUGCCAUUCUACCAACAGGUAAAUUGAUUCUAUCGGUCAGCAAAGAUUUAUACGAGGAGUUGGGCUUGGAAGGAAAGCCUUGCCAAUUUGAAAAACCGAGGAAAGUGACGAAAUACAAUGUUGAAAUUAACUUAACUGCAGAGAGCUUUUGUAAAGGCAAGAAACACUAUGAAAGGGUACAGUGGUGUCUGAAAGAGAGGCUGGAUAUGACCUUCGACAUCUUGUUGGCAUGGCAACCUAAUGACACUACGAAAAGUCUGGAUCCACUCAGUACAUUUUGGAACAAUAAGUAUGAAUGUCAUCAAGUUGAACAGAAGCAGCACAGACUCAUCAUGAGGGACCUGACUAUCCCAGUGAUUGACAGCUCCAUGUUCACAACCAGCCCAUCCAAAUCAAGCAAGGAACAUCUGACAACAAAUGGGAGUGGUCAGAGAGAUGAAGAUUGCCAAAUAAGGUCAUGUGAGGCCUCAGAAGUUUAUGAAUGGCUUGGAGCUAUUGCCUGUGAAUGUAAAUGUUCAGAUUCUUGCGAUGGUUUUGUGUCAAACUACGUGUGUCCUACCCCAUCUCAGAAAGUGGCUGGUGCUCUUUGUCAAAGAUGGACUGGUUUCAUUACACCAGAUACAAUACUCAAUAUGCUGGAUGCACUCAGGAUUGAGAUAGAAAGGGGUUUCAUGCCAUGGGCUUCUCUCACUGUACACGGCUUUCAAGAUUCUCCCGUUUCGUGGUCAACCAAAGAGCAUGGUUUCCAUAAGUUUGGAGACAACUUGUAUACAUUUUUCAUCUUUCCCAAUGAGCAGAGAUAUUGGUUACUCAUGAAUAUUGGAGGUCAUGAUAUCUGUCCUUAACACAGAAGGGUUUUCACUUCUAUGCAUUUUUUAUCGGUGAGUUAUUAGUUUGAAAAUACUAGUAUAUUUUAUAAAUUCACAGCACUUGAUAAAUCAAAUAUACUCAAAGACAGUGGACACUAUUGGUAAUUGUCAAAGACUAGCCUUCACAGUUUGUGUAUCUCAACAU